ACACAUAGAUAUAUUCACGUGCAUAGACGGCAUAUAUUUUUCACACAAACUCAUUUUGUGUUAGGCUCAAGGCUGGUAAUCGAUAUUUUGCGACUAAAAUGACAUAUAAACGAAAAAAGUAUCACCACGGUGACACCCACCUGAAGAAAAGGUGGAGAGUAAGGAAUAGAAAGAAGGAUCUUGAUCAAAUAGAUGACGAUAUCAAAGAAGAAAACGCUGAAAAAUUAUUAAAUCAGAACGUGGAUUUAGACCUGCCGGGUGCAGCGCAACAUUAUUGUUUGCAUUGUGCGAGGUAUUUCAUCAACGAGCAGUCGCUGAACGAUCAUUUCAAAACUAAAGUCCACAAGCGAAGGCUGAAAGCUUUAGAACUAGAACCUUAUACUAUUGAAGAGUCUGAGCGCGCAGCGGGACACGGUAACUUCAAACAGCCAAGUAAAAGGAAAAUAGUCGGUCAAAACGUUGCGAAAUCAGACGAAGACGGUGAUGCAAUAAUAGACGACGCGACACCCAGUAAAAAGACCAAACCAAACGAAAAUGAUGCGUAAAACACUUACCAGUGUAUUCCGAAAGGCAUGGGACUGUAAGAUCUUACAAACAAGGCACUCUGCUUUAUUUGUUAGUGGUGCUAAAGCUACUGAAAAUUACGUUUACAUAACUCCACAUAUUGACUUUCCUGAAAAAACUCAUCAGAAAGAUGCUUUCGUAAAAGUUCUACAGAGAAGAAAGGCUGAUAUUGACCUGGUUAAAAUGGAGAAUCUUUGGAAAAUUUAUCAGGAUCUCAAUACAAAAAAAGCAGACUACAUCAAGAAGAAAGACGAAAUAUCAAGACAACUAGGCAAACUAAUAAAGAAAGAACCUGACAGUGAAGAAACUAAAAAACUUAAAAUGCAAAGUGAUUUCAUCAAAGAAAAUAUAAAGAAACUAAAAGGUCAUCUCUGGUCAGCCGAAGAAGCUGCUAUUGUGGAAUUUCUCAAAAUGCCUAACUAUUUACAUUCACGGACACCAGACGAAAACAAUAAAGUAAUAUACACACACCUCUCAAAACCACAAAAUUGUAAACACCACCUAGAAGUUGGGAAGGAGUUGAAUAUGAUUGAUUUUAAAAAGAAUGAAAAUUAUUACUUGCUCGGUUCCGGUGCAGUAUUUGAACUCGGAGCAAAAUUCUACUUCAGCAAGAUAUUGAAAGAUAGUAACUUUGUACAAUUUUCAAAUCCAGAUUUCGUCAAAAGUUUGGUUAUCGAGGGAUGUGGCAAAGAUCACACUAACCCAGAUUUAAGUUUUAUUUUACAUCAUAAUGAGGACACUAAGGUGAAUGUAGACAGUCGCUUGCAUCUCACUGGAGGUGGGUCUCUCGCCUCCUUCCUUGCAUACCAUGCAAAGAAUGUUAUGUAUGCCAAAGUUUUCCCACUAAGGUACUUUACAAUGGGCAGGCAGUACGUACCAGCCACGUCUAACGAAGACAGCCUGUUCAACGUUAGCCAAUCAUCUGUUGUUGAGAUAUUUGGAGCCACAAAAACGGAGCAAGACCAAGAUAAUUUUUUUGACGAGCUUAUAGAUAUUUUGAAGCUUGCAUACAGCAAACUCGGUUAUCAUUUCCGUUUGAGUUUGGUGUCUGCUGAUAAAUUAGCUAUGUGGGAGUCCCUGAGGGUUUCUAUUGAAAUGUAUUCCACAUCGUUGAAAGACUACGUUGAAGUAGGCAAUGUAUCUUUGAGUGGGGACUUUAUUAGCAAGAGAUUAAUGUUUAUGUACAAAGAAAAUAAUGAAAACAAGUUUCCCUGUUUAAUUUCCGGUACUGUGUUGAAUGUACCCAAGCUUUUGGCCUGUGCCUUGGAGCAGGACGCGUCUUUUAAUGUGCCUAACUUUGUUAAAAUUGAGAGAUAUUUUCGCACAGAAGAAUAAUAUGUUACUGGGAGGAUAAAUGUAUUUAAUUAUUUAUGAGAUAUUCUGGGAUGUCACAAAAAUUAGGCUCAUCCAUAGCAUGAAUAGGUGCUGGAAUGCAAAAUUACUAAAAAGUAAUAAUAAAUGUAAGUGAUU